AUGCACACAAUACACCACCCUGAUCGAGCCAAGCCGCAGAACCAGCCGACAGACCGUCAUCGAGAAGCGCUCAACUGCGCGGCUCGCUCAUUCUUCAUAACAGACAGGGGCGUGGCCGAGCACACAUGUAUACAUGCACUCUUUCACUCGCACGGUUUGGUAAACCCGACAUCGUGGAAUGAUUUGAUUUUCGCUAGCAUUCGCCACUUCUCCUGGCUGUAA